AGAUCAUGCAGGAACUUAUAAACGCGGGGUGUCUCAUAGAUGUACCGAUUGCAGACAUCUGCCUAACUGAAUCUGAUCUAUGGCAAUCUCUAUAUGAUUGGUGCGCCCUCGCCCCUUUGACGCUGGCGAUUGCCUUAGGCCAAGAGGCUGCUGCUACUCUUCUGGCUCAGCACGUUGUGUAUCGACCCGAUAUUUACAAGCGGGAUCGUGAUAUUAAUAAGGGUAUUUACCCCCCACUCCAUAUAGCAGCAGCAGCGCGCAUGUCCGGUGUUGUUCGAAAUUUACUGUCCAACGGACACGAUCCCGGAGACUCAAUAUAUUAUCCGCCCGCCACCUUACCAUUGGAGCCCAUCGCCCUAACGCCUCUACAUUACGCUGCUACGUCGGAAGACAACGCGGAGACAAUUAACGUUCUGUUGCGCCACGGCGCAUCUCUGAAUACCCACAUUCGUAGCCAGUUCCGUAGACCCCCCCAGCUAGCCAUAUACGGGGGAUGCCCUCGCAACGCGUUACAUCUCAUCAGCCACCAUCUUGCCUCGGGCGACAAUAGCAGAUGGCCGCAAAGCGGGUUGCGGAGGACAGCCGACAACGAUGGGAUGCUCGCGGUCACGGAAGCCUUGGUGAAGGUUCUCAACGCGCGGGGCGACUUUAAGGGGAUCGAGGCGGCUUUCUUGACCUCAUGCAAGGGCAUGUCGAGAUCUUCCAAGACCAAAAUGUUUCUUGCUCGUUUCCUAGCCUCGGAGCUAAAUCAGGGUUACCUCGGGGGAGGAGGACGAGGGUAUUUCCACUGGAUUUGCCAGCGGCCUAAAGUCGACCUCGAAUUCGUAAGCUUCAUUCUCGAAAACAAGCACGACGCGUUCGACAUCAACGCGAAGGAUGAUAAUGGCAAUACUGCUCUUGAUUAUGCGGAACGGCGAGGACAUGACGAUGUGGCUUAUCUUCUUCGGGAGUUGCAUUUCGCGAGAAGGGGUGACGAGGUAUAGUGGUGUCUAGGUCUUGUGCUUGGGUAGUAGUCAUCUUUUAAGACUUUGAUAAGUUAAUAAACGAAUUAAUUGUAGUAGAACCGUAAGGCUACCUGGGUAGGAAUUUAUUAAUCCAUUG